AGGAUAUUCACUCUAUGGCUCAAACAAAUGCAUGCUGGUUGUUUUGUUUAUAUGUUGUGUGAAAUGUGAGAAAAUAUUGUUAUGGUAUUAUGAAUUGAAUAAUUUUUCUAUAAUUUGCGUUCUCAAUUAAUGUUAUAGUUACAUGUUUUCGUUUAUUAGGUCUUAGGUUAAUAAGUAAAACUUUUUAAUUUUAAUACCAGAACAUUUCCAGUACAUUUUUGUGAAAUUUUCCUGAGUAUUAUGGGAAAAAGGAAGAAUUUAAUUGAUUCUGGCAGCGGUGAAAGUGAUGGUAGUGGUUCUGAUCUGGACUCUGAGUUCCUUUCUCUGGCGAAGAAGAGGAAGAACAAAGACCAGGAUGGAGCAUCUGCGGAGCCGAACAACGCCGCGGAGAAAGCGUUCACGGACUCCGACACCUCGGACUCUGACGUGGAGUGGGACGCGCGGGGCAACAACAACAACAAGAAGAAGAAGAAGAGCAAGCCGGCCAAGCGCACGGGCAAGAGAACCGUCACCAAGUCGUCGUCUGGGAGCGGCAGCGAGAGCGAGAAGGAGCAGGAUUCGGAGCCAGAGGAAGGAGAGGUUUCAGACUCCGAGGCGAGCGACUCUGACAGCUCGGCGCUCAGCCAGGAGGAGUUCAACGACGGCUACGAUGAGAACCUCAUGGGGGACGAGGAGGACCAGGCCCGCCUGGCGCAGAUGACGGAGAAGGAGAGGGAGCAAGAGAUAUUCAAGAGAAUAGAGCAGCGGGAAGUGAUGAAGACGAGGUUCGAAAUCGAAAAGAAGCUGAGACUUGCCAAAAAACAAGAGAUGAAAAAGAAGCGUGACCAAGAGAAAAGGAAAGAAGAGAAAAUGGACGCGAAAGAAAGGAGCAAGGAGAGGAAGAAAACCGUGGAGGACCGCGGGAGGACGGACAAGAAAGCUCAAGCAAUGAACUUGUUGAAGGCCAGGCGGGAAGAAAAACGGGAAAGAGAGGAGAAGGAGAAGCAGCAGCGCAUGGAGCAGGAGAGGAGGAAGGAGGAGGAGAAGGAGGAGGAGGACGAGGGGGAGGAAGCGGAGGAGAAGGACCAGGAGGAGCAGGAGAGGUCGUCGUCGUCGGCCCGGAGCACCAAGCUGAAGGCGUCGGACAUCUACUCGGACGACAGCGGCUCGGAGAGCGGCAAGUCGGAGCAGCAGCCGGAGCCUCGCCGGCGGAGCAGCAGCAGCAGCAGCUCCCGGAGCAGCAGCGACUCCGAGUCGGACAGCAAAUCCGUUUCAAGUGCUCGUACUAAAGUGAAGAAAGUACUGUACGUAACGAAAAAAGAAGAUUUGAACAGAAUCAGGUUAUCGAGACAUAAGAUGGAAAGGUUUGUGCACCUUCCUUUCUUUGAACGAGUGGUCAUUGGCUGUUUCGUCAGGAUAGGUAUUGGCUGUAAUAAUGGAAAACCUGUAUAUAGGGUGUGUGAAGUAAGUGGUGUGUGUGAAACUGGCAAAAUAUAUCAGUUGGGCAGUACAAGGACAAACAAAGGAUUAAAACUCAGGCACGGGGCCCAGGAGCGGGUGUUCCGGCUGGAGUUCAUCAGCAACCAGGACUUCACGGAGAGCGAGUUCUUCAAGUGGAAGGAGGCGUGCGCGCUGCAGGGCAUCUCGCUGCCGACCCACGACGAGCUGGAGCAGAAGCUGCGCGACAUCAAGGAGGCCCUCAUCUACGAGUUCAAGGAGGAGGACAUCGAGAAGAUAGUACGAGAGAAAGAAAGAUUUAAACAGAACCCAUACAACUAUGCAAUGAAGAAAACACAGUUAAUGAAAGAGAGAGAUAUGGCACAAUCUAAAGGAGACGAGGAGACAGCGACGAGGAUACAGCAGCAGCUGCAGGAGCUGGAGGAGCGGGCGGAGGAGCUCGACAAGAUGCGCACGUCGACCAUAUCCAGCAUCAGCUACAUCAACGACCGCAACCGCAAGAGGAACGUGGAGGAAGCCGAGAAGGCCAUAAUGGAAGAAGUAAGACUUACCAAGGGUAAAAAGUCAAAUGACCCUUUCACACGUCGCAGUACAAAGCCUCGAAUGGUGUUCAAAAUGGCGGAGGAAGAUCCACAGAUGGAUGAUGAAGGCUCUGAGCAAUCGUCGCAACCUGAAGAAAACAGCGUGGUCAAGGAAAGGAUAACGGCGGCGAACGCGAAAGAACAGGACGAGCUGGACAAGAAGACGAAGGACGCGAAGGGUGGCGUGAACACGGACGACCUCUUCUCCGCCCACGACUUCGACAUAAAAAUAGACUUGGAAGUUCCGCUGCCAAAUAACCCUGUGAGUGUAACUCCAAAACCAAUGUCUAUGGCAAAAGAUACGGGUCCCAGAAGAUCGUUAAACCUCGAAGAUUACAAAAAGAAGAGAGGACUGAUCUGAAAAAUUGGAUAAUUUUAAGUGACAAUUUGAAAAUCAGCAGAUCGUUAUGCUGAUUAAUGGUGACUGUGUAUGUGUUAAAGUCUUAUCAAUUUUUUUAACUAUCCCGAACUGUAGUUAGCGUAGUAGCCAAUCAAUCAAUCAUGAAAUGUGUGUAAAGUGUGCAAUGUUAAUUUAUCUUUCGUUAGCAACUGUACAAUCAGGUGCAGUUUUUUUUUCUUUCCCAAUCGUGUUUCUGUGGUGUGUGUGUGUGUGUGUGUGUGUGUAGUGUGUUAACUUCAGAACUCUUAAAAAGAGAAUUAUCAAGCAGUGUUCAUAACAAUUUUACAGUUGAUUUGCAAAUAAUGAUAAUAGUAAUAGUGCUCUUUAUAUUUACUACCAAGGACUUAUCUUGCACAGGUUGCUCAUUCGUUUGUAUUACUAACUCAGUUGAUAAAUGUAUUUUUUUUUAGAUAUAA